UCUGCUGAGCUUUCUCGCGCGCUUGGAGCUGUGGCAAGUGGCCGCGGUGCGAGACUCAGCUUGCGUGGGAACGAGCUUUGUAGCUGAGAACGUCUGGUUUGUUUCUACAAAGACUCCGUUGACGUUGGUGGCUUCAGCGGCGGCCCCUUCUGACGGUAGAGGUAGUUGCUUUCUGCAGAGGCUACAGACAUCCUUCCCUAGGACUGCUGAAGGCUUUGAGCGCCUAGCAGGAGACAUGCCUAGGGGACGGAAGAGUCGGCGCCGCCGUAACGCAAGAGCCGCAGAAGAGAACCGCAACAGUCGCAAGAUCCAGGCCUCAGAGGCCUCUGAGACCCAAGUGGCCGCCUCUGUGGUCCCGAGCAUCCCCGAAGACCACCUGAGCGGCCCGGAGGAAGACCUGAGCACUCCUGAGGUUGCCUCCACCACCCCCGAAGAAGCCUCCAGCAAUGCCCAAGCGCAAAAGCCUUCGGUAGCCCGGAGCAAUUUUCAGGGCACCAAGAAAAGUCUCCUGAUGUCCAUAUUAGCCCUCAUCUUCAUCAUGGGCAACAGCGCCAAGGAGGCCCUGGUCUGGAAAGUGCUGGGGAAGUUAGGGAUGCAGCCUGGGCGGCAGCACAGCAUCUUUGGAGAUCCGAAGAAGGUCGUCACGGAAGAGUUUGUGCGCAGAGGGUACCUGAUUUAUAAGCCGGUGCCUCGCAGCAGUCCUGUAGAGUAUGAGUUCUUCUGGGGCCCUCGAGCACACGUGGAAUCGAGCAAGCUGAAAGUCAUGCAUUUUGUGGCAAGGGUUCGUAACCGGUGCUCCAAGGACUGGCCAUGUAAUUAUGAUUGGGACUCAGACGAUGAUGCAGAGGUUGAAGCUAUCCUCAAUUCAGGUGCUAGGGGUUACUCCACCCACUAGGGAAUUCUGCAGCAGACUCUUUGGAUGGAAUAGAAAACAGAGUCAAAGGUACCCCAAGGAGUAGAUGGCCGUGGUCCUCAGUUGAAAAUGACCUGGUUGGGAGAAGGAGGGAAAGCACUGUAUUUGGUAUUUGUGACCAGUGUUAAUUGUUUAACUGCAAAAUAGAGUGUUUGCUGUUUGCUUUGGGUAUUGUAAAAUUGUAUUCAUUUUAUAAUACUGUUGAUUAAGGAUCACAGUAUGUUUAAAUAUAUAAUUGAAAAGAUUUUCCUUUUUUGUC